AUGUUUGGGAGUGAAGAAUCUAAACUCCAUGGGAACCGUGAGGGUGAGGAAGAAGACGAGCACGCUGGUGAUGCAUUGGGAGGGCUUUUCUUGUAUAAUAGGUAUGCUACCUUGAUCGGAGUCGAAGACGACGAAGGGGUUAUACUGUAUAGUGGUAUAGAAGUGGGCAAGGCUGACCAUUACUCUCAAGAAUCAGAAGAACUUGGUGCUGACCAUUACUCUCAAGUGUAUGGUUCAGUACUAGCUAUAUCAUUUAGGAAAAGCCGUGGUCGUUUUGGUCAGCAACAAAGGGGAAGUGAUGGGGUCUAUCACCCGAAAGGCACUAUUUUGACAUCUGUUUUGAAAGAUUGGCCUCGCUGGGAUCACUCCCUCUCAAUGGAGUUUUUAGGCAUAAGCAAUGAAAAUGGACAUAAGUUGUUCAAGUAUACUCGUUUACAACCAUAUGAGGAUGCCCAGUUGAUAUUCGACCAAGCACAAAACAAUUUGUAUAUGGAAAAUGUGGAGACUGUGCUGCGUGAGUUUCCAUAUCAUACAGAUUCAUUGAUCUCUUCCUCAGAGUUCUUUGAUCUUCUAGGGAUUCACAAGUCAGCUUUAGAAACCUGCAAAAUGCUGCUUUCUCUUCAUGAUCCAACAUAUGCUAUGUUGUGUGUCGACUAUUUUGCAUUGAGGGAGAGAGAAUAUGGUUGGCAGGAAAGAUUUGCUGAUGAGUAUAGAGGAGAUAACUCACUUUGGCUCCUCCCAAAUUUCUCUUAUUCACUUGCUGUUGCUCGUCUCUACCUUGAGAAGACUGAGACUGACUCUUCAAAGCCAAGCUCCUUGGAUCUGAUGAAACAAGCUUUGAUACUCUAUCCAACAGUACUAGGAAGGCUCGUGGUUAAAGUGCCUCUUGAAAGUGAAAAGUGGGAUCAAAUUGUCAAGCAUCCAUACUUCCACUCCAAUGAAUUUGAUUACCCAACCUUAGACCACCUCAUCAACAUCUACAUUGAGAGAAGCUAUCUGAUUUGGAGGCCAUAUGCUAAUAAAUUGCUUAUGGAGGAAGCUGCUCUUGAGACCAUCAUUUUGUUAGAUUCAAACCUCACUGAUGCAAGGGACUGGGAUCUCUUAAGGAAAAAAGCCUUUCCUUCAAAUAUCAAUCAGUACUCUCAUCUAUCCAUCCAUGACUUUUCUAAUGAAUCCCCAACUAUCCCACAAGAUGUGGGGAACCCUCUUCGAGAAGACGACUAA